AUCAAUACUGUAAUGCUGGUAACUGAUAAGUAAUUCAUUAUAACCCGAACAUUCAAACAUGAAUAAAUAACAUAGAAUCGAUAAAUAAUUAAUCACAACAAUGUUGUUAUAUUCCCUCGAUAUCUUUUAUGAGUAAUACCAUUGAUUUUGAGAAGUUUGGAAGUAGCAAUGAUUACACGCAAAUAAGACGACAAAAUGUAUGAAAAAAAUCGUUAUUCCUCAGAUAUUACAUAUGCUUUAGGGCUGUAUAAAAUAUUAGGCCGCGCAUUAGGCAUUUGGCCUCUCCAAUGCCAAGACAUUUUAUCAAUAUUUAAUAUUACAUUUGUGGUGACAACUCAGUUAUGGAUGUCAAUCAGUCUUACAAAACAAUUAAUAAUGAAAGGAAACUGUGGUGCAGUAACAGAAUUAGUAGAUGUCAUAAGUCUUAUCGCUUGUGGAUUUGUCACAGUUGUAAAAGUAAUUGUACCGAGAGUUUACCAUACAGAAAUGAAUGUUAUUGUGAAUUCGGCGAUUAAUGACUGGAAAACGGUAAAUAAUAAGAGAUAUCGACUUAUAAUGCUAAAAUAUGCGUACAUCGGUAGAGUUGUGUUUAUAGUACAAAUGAUUGGAGCAUAUGCAGCAGGAUUUCCACUUAUUAUUUCUAAAUUGCCAUUUAUAAUGGUAUUGUGGAGCAAUGACCGAAAUGAUAGUGCAUCAAUGCAUACGGUUCCAAUUGGCCCGAGUUGUUGGGUGUCUUCUGAUAUUUCCAUGUUUCACUAUAUUUUUUACUACAUCUUCCAAUCUAUUCAACUACUUGUUGUUUGCACUGCGUAUAUUGGAGCCGACACUUAUUUUUUUGGCAUCGCAAUGCAUGUUUGCGGUCAAUUCGCACUUCUUUCUCAUAGCCUUGAUAAUAUUUACAGCAAUGGGGAUAUAGUAAUCCAAAAACAUGAACUUUCUCUAUUCAUAAAACGUCAUAAACAUCUACUACUUCUGGCGAAUAACUUUGAAGAAACGUACAAUUUAAUUAUUUUGAGCCAAGUUGCAAUCGAUACUUUGCUGAUAUGUAUAUCAGGUAUCGUUCUACUUAUGACUAUGCAUACUAGAGAUUUGGUUGUAAUUGUUGGGCUUAUAAUUCGCAUAUACCUCGUGUAUGUUCAACUUUUCAUUUAUUGCUAUGUUGGUGAACAAUUACGUACACAAGCCGAUAGAAUGGGUUCAACUAUUUACAAUUGUUCAUGGUACAAUAUGCCUCCGAAAAUAAGUAAAAACAUAGUAUUUAUGAUUAUGCGAACAAAUUAUUCUUUUAAUCUUACAGCGGGUAAAAUGUAUUCUAUGAAUAUUGAAAAUUACAAGAACAUUGUUAAAACUAUGGCUUCUUUUUUUUCUGUGCUUCGAUUAAUGUUUAUUGAAAACGAGUGAAUUAUAUUUAAUAAAUACAGUUGUAAGAUCGCAGAAAUUAUGUCAAUUAUUUACUUCUGAUUAUGGAGUAUUUAUUAAAAAAUAAUAAAAAAAUAAUCUA